UUGCUUUUCCCUCUUGAUCCCUCACGCGCCUUUCCCACCCCCGCUCUCUCUCGCUCUCUCUGGGUUUCUGUGUUUGUGGGCGAGGCCGAGCCCUGGAGUCGGAAUCUGGGGUCCUCGUGGUUGGGAGCCGCAGUGGUGAGGAGGGCUGGCUGAGACUCCGGGCCGGGUGCAGCCGAGGACCCCUUCCCCUGUGCAGCAACCCCCUGCCUGGUCGUAGGAGUUACUUCCCACGGGGAAGCAAAGUAACGUAACGGGAGAAAAGGUGUCAAAACCCAAGAUGGAAGUAGUUAGUUACGGCCCAGCUGUGUCCAGGUGGACGUGGUACUUCAGCUUAGACACAGCGCAGAGACGGAUUCGUCUCCUUGAUAAACAGGGAGCACGUUAGCUCACAGAAAUACCUUCCUUUGUAGACAAGCACGCUUCAGUUUUGCGAAUCAUUGUUUUGGGCAGCUCUCUACUGCAGACCGGUGUUCUGCAAGCCCUCCAAGCUGUUCCUCAUGCCCGUGGGUCUGUGUGAGAAGGGCAAAAGCAUGUCCUCCCUCCCUGGGUGCGUUAGUUUGGAUGCAGCAACAGCUGCCCCUGACUCUGAAGACAUGACUGAGCUGCAGCAGGCAGUGGUUGAAGAGCUGGGUAUCUCUAUGGAGGAACUUCGCCAGUUCAUUGAUGAAGAGCUGGAAAAGAUGGACUGUAUACAGCAGCGCAAGAAGCAGCUAGCAGAGUUGGAGACGUGGGUGCUGCAGAAGGAGUCUGAGGUGGCUUAUGUUGACCAGCUCCUUGAUGAUGCAUCCAGGGCAGUGAUCAAUUGUGAGUCUUUGGUGAAGGAUUUCUACUCUAAGCUGGGACUGCGGUAUCAUCACUGUAGCUCCGAGGAUGAAGCUUCCCAGCCUACAGAAAUAAUUGAGAUUCCUGAUGAAGAUGAUGAUGUCCUCAGUAUUGAUUCAGGUGAUGCUGGAAGCAGAUCGCCAAAAGACCAGCUCCGUGAAGCUAUGGCUGCCUUAAGAAAAUCAGCUCAAGAUGUCCAGAAGUUCAUGGAUGCUGUCAACAAGAAAAGCAGUUCCCAGGAUCUAAAUAAAGAAAUGACAUCAGAUGUACCAUCACUGGGUCCCACUAUUGCUUCUGGAAACCCUGGACCUGGGAUUCAAGGUGGAGGAGCUGUUGUACAGAGGGCUAUUAAGCGACGAUCAGGGCUGGAUUUUGAUGAUGAUGGAGAAGGGAACAGUAAAUUUUUGAGAUGUGAUGAUGAACAGAUGUGUAAUGACAAAGAGCGCUUUGCCAGGUCGGAUGAUGAGCAGAGCUCUGCGGAUAAAGAGAGACUUGCCAGGGAAAAUCAUAGUGAAAUAGAACGGCGAAGACGAAACAAGAUGACAGCUUACAUCACAGAACUGUCAGACAUGGUGCCUACCUGUAGUGCCCUGGCUCGAAAACCAGACAAGCUAACCAUCUUACGAAUGGCCGUUUCUCACAUGAAGUCCUUGAGGGGAACUGGCAACACAUCCACUGAUGGCUCCUAUAAGCCAUCUUUCCUCACUGAUCAGGAACUGAAACAUUUGAUCUUGGAGGCAGCAGAUGGCUUUCUGUUUAUUGUCUCGUGUGAGACUGGCCGAGUGGUUUAUGUCUCUGACUCGGUGACUCCUGUUUUGAACCAACCACAGUCUGAAUGGUUUGGGAGUACACUCUACGAUCAGGUGCACCCAGACGAUGUGGAUAAACUCAGAGAGCAGCUUUCUACGUCAGAAAAUGCUCUGACAGGGCGAAUCCUGGAUCUAAAGACUGGCACAGUGAAAAAGGAAGGUCAGCAGUCUUCCAUGAGGAUGUGUAUGGGCUCAAGAAGAUCCUUUAUUUGUCGAAUGAGGUGUGGCAAUAGCUCCGUGGACCCUGUUUGCAUGAAUAGACUGAGCUUUUUGCGGAAUAGAUGCAGGAAUGGACUUGGCUCUGCGAAGGAAGGAGAGCCUCACUUUGUGGUUGUCCACUGCACAGGCUACAUCAAGGCCUGGCCUCCAGCAGGUGUGUCGCUCCCGGAUGAUGACCCAGAAGCUGGCCAGGGAAGCAAAUUCUGCCUAGUGGCCAUUGGCAGGCUGCAGGUAACCAGUUCUCCCAACUGUACAGACAUGAGUAACAUUUGUCAACCAACAGAGUUCAUCUCCCGACACAACAUUGAGGGCAUAUUUACUUUUGUAGAUCACCGUUGUGUGGCUACUGUUGGCUACCAGCCACAGGAGCUCUUAGGAAAGAAUAUUGUAGAAUUUUGUCACCCUGAAGAUCAACAACUUCUAAGAGACAGCUUUCAACAGGUGGUGAAAUUGAAAGGGCAGGUGCUGUCUGUCAUGUUCCGAUUCCGAUCUAAGAACCGAGAAUGGCUUUGGAUGAGAACCAGCUCAUUUACUUUCCAAAACCCUUAUUCAGAUGAAAUUGAGUAUAUUAUCUGUACCAACACCAAUGUGAAGAACUCUAGUCAGGAACCACGGCCUACACUGUCUAACACAAUCCAGAGGUCACAGCUAGGUCCGACAACUAAUCUGUCUCUAGAGAUGAGUUCAGGGCAGCUGGCAUCCAGGCAGCAACAGCAGCAGCAGCAAACAGAAUUAGAUAUGGUUCCAGGAAGAGAUGGGCUGACCAGCUAUAACCAUUCCCAGGUUUCUGUCCAGCCUGUGGCAACUACAGGAGCAGAACACAACAAAUCCCUUGAGAAGUCAGAUGGUCUCUUUGCCCAGGACAGAGAUCCAAGGUUUUCAGAAAUCUAUCCCAACAUCAGUGCAGAUCAGAGUAAAGGCAUCUCCUCCAGCACUGUCCCUGCUACCCAACAGCUAUUCUCCCAGGGCAACUCAUUCCCUCCUAACCCCCGGCCGGCAGAAAAUUUCAGGAAUAGUGGUCUGACCCCUCCUGUAACCAUUGUCCAGCCAUCAUCUUCUGCAGGGCAGAUGUUGGCCCAGAUUUCUCGUCACUCCAACUCUACCCAGGGAGCAGCUCCAACUUGGACCCCUAGUACCCGUCCAGGCUUCUCUGCACAGGUGCCCACACAGGCUACAGCCAAGACUCGUUCUUCCCAGUUUGGUGUGAGCAACUUUCAGACUUCCUCCUCAUUCAGUGCUAUGUCUCUCCCGGGUGCUCCCACGGCACCACAGGGUACUUCUGCCUACCCUACUCUCACCAACCGUGGAUCCAACUUUCCUUCUGAAACUGCAGGACAGACUGCAGGACAAUUCCAGUCCCGGACAGCAGAGGGUGUGGGUGUCUGGCCACAGUGGCAGGGCCAGCAGCCCCAUCAUCGGUCCAGUUCUAACGAGCAACAUGUUCAGCAGACAUCAGCACAACCGCCUAGCCAGCCUGAGGUUUUUCAGGAAAUGCUGUCCAUGCUGGGAGACCAGAGCAACAGCUACAACAAUGAAGAAUUUCCUGAUCUAACUAUGUUCCCCCCCUUUUCAGAAUAGAAUUAUUGGGGUGAGGAUAAGGGUGGGGGAAAAAAUCACUGUUUGUUUUUAAAAGCAAAUCUUUUGUAAACAGAAUAAAAGUUCCUCUCCCUUCCCUUCCCUCACCCCCGAUAUGUACCCCCUUCACCCCUUGACUCUGAAGUAACAUUUAUAGAAGAAAUGGACUGAAUUCCCAGACUUUUAGGUCUUCUGAAAAUCUGAGGACAGGUGAGGUUAGAAGUCCUGUUUAUGUCUUCUUACCAGAAGUGUCACAGAAAUGACUUGUGCUGGAGACAAGGGGCAGAAUAGAUGAACUGGAGACAAGGGGCAGAAUAAACGACCUGACAGCCACUAAUUGCCUUGGAGACUGUGGCUUGUUCUGGGUAGAUAUUCUGAAUAGAGGAGAGGAGAGGAGAAAGACCCUCAUAACUGAGGAUUGUGAAAUAUGAUAGGUGUAUGUGGAGCUUUCAGAAAUGAGCAAUCCUUGGAAAGAAACAUGGAAGAGGAUGAACAUGUGUGAGUGAGUGUGUGUGUGUGUGUGUGUGUGUGUUUGUCCUUGUCCUUGUCCUUGUCCUUGUGUGUACAUGUGUUUGAGCCCCUCUGUUUCGUUCUUUCUCCCAUUAGGGAGUUUAUGCAAAGUUUGUCCCAGAUUUUCUUUGUCUUUCUGCUUGCUCUUCAAAGAGUCCUAAGAAAUUAAUUUUUCUAGGUAUUUUUGUAUUUAGUAUUGCAGCCAAAGAGUAUUUAAAUUAAGUCUUUGCUGCACUUAAACUCAUGCCCAUGUUGAUAGGGCUGGUCUCCUACAGAACACAGUCAGUGAUCAAGCAGGAUUACUCGUGCUCUUUGGUGCUCUCAAUUUAUGUGGAAGAGCUGCAGAUAUUACCAGAAUAGGCUGGCUAGAUAAACACUGUCAGAAACCCCAGACCUGCCCAUAGGAUAAUGCUGCAUUUUUCUGUCAGAGUCACAUGUGUGUUCUGGAGAGGUUAUUUCUGCAUGGAAACUCAACUUCUUGGAUUAGCUAUCUGAGUGGAAGUCCUCACCGAUGAGGGAAUAAACCAAAUAGAAAGCCCUCCUAUACAUGUCCCCUCCUUCCUGUUGUCAAAACAAUAUUUAGGUCUUCCUGAAGUCUAUCGUUCUUUGCUGCCUCUCCAAACUCAGAUUUGGGUUUUGCUUUGGAACAUAAAUGUGAGUCUCUUUGUUAGUUGGGUCCUGGACUCAAAUUUCCACAGGGUCACUUGAUAAUUAUAGCCAUAGAAACGCAGAUAUGAGCUACUGCUUUCAACCUUUACUGUCCUCAGGUGCAUCUCACAUAUAUGUAGCCCCCCCCUUUUUUUUUUUUUCUGGCUCCUGUCAGUAUCUAAGUGAAAGAUUAAACUAAUAUGGAAAACAUCUAUUAAGUGUAUUCAUAGGGAAUGAGGAGCCAGGAUGGAGAGACUCAUGGAGAGGCUGAGGGAAUGUUACAUUCUAAGUUUCCCUUCAUUUGUCUACAGUCUGGUGCCAGUCAAUAGAGUGGAAAGGGAGGCUAUUUUUUUAUUCUAAGUGCACACAUACAGUAUACAUUAUAUAUUUAUAUCACAAUUUACUGAACCAAAAAGUUGAGUUUCCAAUGAAAUAUUUGUUUUUAAUAAUCAACUUGUUUUUAAAUGUGAUCAGAACUAUAAUGUACAGUUAUUACAGGGCUUUUGAAGAAGGGGAGGGAGGGAGAAGCUACUCUGAGGGUUUUUUCUGCUUUUCCUUCAGGGUUUUAUUUUUGAUUGUUUUUUCUUGUCAGCCAUAUGUGCUAAGCCUUACAGUGGCAAAAAUAAUGACAUGUAGCAAAGAUUUUAAAACAAAGUAUUUUUUCUUUUAUAAA